AUGACUACCACAUGUGGUGCCGUUACCAUUUCCUUAUUUAGUAUUUAUACACUGGCUCGUUGGAGCUUGCCAGGCUUAGCAUUAUCCAUCAUUGAGGCUUUUGCUUUGCUAGCUGUCUACGGCACUCCACUGCGAAUGCCAGCAAAAUCCGAGACCUUGCCGUUUGUCGAUAUAGAGACCGACAUUGCGUCGUUUACUUUGCGAGUCACUGUUUCCCUGCUGAUAGCACUGGCACUUCAGACGCUAUUCCUCGGCUUUGGAUCCUUCGAACCUGGUACGACACUGCGUGCCAGCGUUGCAAAUGCCUUCUCCUGGUACUUUGAUAUAAGAAUUGUUCGUCAUGUUUUCCAUUCUGCUUCCGGCCUUGUUCAGAUAUGUAUAUCUACACAGGCUUGCCAUUUAUCCUGGACCGCGGUAGUAGUCAUCAAGAUUCUCGCCAUCUUCGCCUCGCGCAACCCAUUCACACAAUCCUUUGAGAUGUAA